AUGGUUAACAUAAUCAUCUUAUUUUCUCUUAAACUCGUUGUAAUUUUCCAUAUCAUAUUUCCAUUAUCAGCAACUGCAGUUACUUAUAAUGUUCUAAACUUUGGAGCAGAACCAGAUAAAGGAACGGAUUCGACUGAAGCUUUCUUGCAAGCAUGGUCUUUAGCUUGCAGUUCUAUAGCACCUGCAGUGAUGUGGAUACCUAGUGGAACUUAUUUGGUUAACCCAAUAGCUUUUAGUGGUCCUUGUGAAAGUGCAGGAGUUACAGUUCAAAUUGAUGGUAAAAUUCAGGCGCCUCAGGAUAUUGGGAAUCAUAACAAUUGGGUUUUGUUCGAAGACAUCAAUAGCUUAACCGUUAAUGGUGGGAUUCUAGAUGCGCGCGGAUCUCAAUUUUGGGAUUGCAAGAGGUCUGGUACAUACUGCCCAGAGGGUGCUACGUCCCUAUCGUUCAACAAUGUUGAAAAUGGCACAGUCAGCGGUAUUGUAUCCGUUGAUAGCCAAAGAGCUCAUAUGGCCAUCAAUGAUUGCAAAAGUUUGUUGAUUACAAAUGUGACUCUUAUUGCACCCCGUCAGAGCCCCAACACAGAUGGUAUUGACAUAGAAUCAUCAACUGCCAUAGAAAUCAUUGAUUCAAGCAUCAGAACAGGUGACGAUUGUAUUGCAAUAGGCCCCGGCACCAAUAAUCUAUUGGUUCAAGGCGUAGCAUGUGGACCUGGACACGGGAUCAGUAUUGGAAGUUUAGCUAGAAGUCCGGAUGAAGCAGGGGUUGAAGGAAUUACAGUAAAGGAUGUAACCUUCACUGGGUCGGAAAAUGGAUUACGGAUAAAAACAUGGCCGAAACCAAGUGAUGGUUUUGUUAAGAAUGUUCUUUAUCAAAAUAUAGUCAUGAACAAUGUUCGGAACCCUGUCAUUAUUGAUCAGAACUAUUGCCCCGGUAGCAAAGGCUGCUCUGACCAGAGUUCUGGACUCAAGAUCAGUGGGGUGACGUACUUAAAUGUGAGUGGAACAUCAGCAACACCAAUCGCCGUUACAUUCGAUUGCAGUGCCACUACCCCGUGCGAUGGAAUCAAAUUAGAAAACGUCAAUCUCACUUAUUUAGAGCAACCUGCUAAGUCCUUCUGUUUCAGCGCACUCGGAACAUCAUCAGUGGGACAACUUGGAACAUGGUCAUCCGUAGGACGACCCUCUGCUGGGAGUUGUUUCUAGUCUAAUUCUCAUUCAGUUUUUGUGUUGUGUAUAUAAU